UGUGCGACUUGCUCGUUAUUCUAUAUGCCGGAGGAAAACCAUGUGUGUUAUAUGAAACCCGUGGAAUUUACGGAUAAGGAAAAGGCCAAGCACCAUAACGACAAGCUGGCAUACUUUGACCUGGAAACAUAUCAAGACGAGAGUGGAGAAUUUAAAGUCAACCUAGCGGUGAUCGCGACAAAAAAUGAAAAAUUUAUUCUUCCAGAAAACGGUAAUAUUAACGGCGACAUUUCACAAGAACUUGGCGAUUUCAUUUUCAGUGAGCGUUUCCGUGGCUACACAUUUAUGGCGCACAAUUUGAAGGGAUUUGAUGGAUACUUCAUUUUGAAUUAUCUCGUGAAAAACGGCGUUAUUCCACGUCCGCUUAUUUUCAACGGGAGCAAGGUUAUGCAGAUGGACGUGCCCAAACUCAAAAUAAAAUUUCGUGACUCUAUGAACUAUGUACCAUCAUCGUUAAAAAAUUUUGCGAAAGCAUUUGGUUUGCAAGAAACCAAAGGAGAUUUCCCACACAAACUUAAUAAGCCUGAAAACUGGAAUAAAAUAAUUGCUUGGCCCGAUCGUCAUGACUAUGGCUAUCAGUCUAUGAAAAAGAAAGAACGAAAGCGCUUCAUGAAAUGGUACCGCAAAGAGCGACGCCGUCACAGGAACAAAUUCGACUUUAAUGCACACUUUAUCAAGUAUUGCUCACAAGAUGUCCUUAUUUUGCAACAAGCGUGCGAAAAAUUUCGAGCGCUUUUCCAACAGGUAACCGAUGGAUUAUGCCCAUUUGCGUCUGGACUAACCACACCCGGCAUGUGCAAUUACUUUUGGAGAGCGCGAAUGCUGAAGGAAAACCAAAUUGCGUUGAUCGGCCCUCCUGGUCAGGGCAAAAAGUCAUCUGUCAAAGGAGAGCGUUGGCUACGCUGGAUUGAAAUGGAAAAUGAUGUAAAAUUGCAAAAGAGCAUCGAAUCGGUCACUGGACUGUGGAUGGUUUUGAUCGGGAUACAAAAACCGCUUACGAGUUUUAGGAUGUAUGUGGCACGGCUGCAGCGAAUGCACAACAAAAAGCACGCUGCAUCCCUUUCUGAAACGGCCAAUGGAGGAAGUCAACAAAGCAACUGCCUUACGCCUUGA